AUGUCAUUGCGAGUAGAUGGUCAUUCGAGGGGCAGAUCCCGCUCGCCAGGACGGAAAGAUGAACGCUCGAGAAGCCGCGACGCAAGAGCGCCUAGCCCAGCAGUUCAAGUCGUAAUCAAGUCAGAUAGCCACAAAAAGAAAGAUGACAGUGAUUCGGAUGAUAAACGGAAGAAGAAGCAUAGCAAGAAGCAUAAAAGCUCAGACAGCGAGUCAGAUACCAAGUCGAAACAUAAGAAGUCAUCGAAGAAGCGUUACGAGGACAGCAGCAGCAGUAGUAGCAGCGAGUCAGACUCAAGAUCGAAGAAGCAUUCAAGUCGACGCCGGCGAAGCGAGUCUGAGUCCGACCACAAGAGCCGGCGAAAGACUUCGAAAAAGUACUAUGAUGAAAGCAGCAGUAGUGAUUCAGAGUCAAGCUCGAGCUCCAGUGAGGAGGAUAGAAAGCACAAACACAGCUCUUCGAAGAAGGAACACCACAAGUCCGGCAAGUCGAGCAAGUCUCACCAUGAACAUGAUCGACGUCCCUCGCACUCGCAUGAGAAGCAAUACACCAGAGACACAAAAGGAGAGAAAGUUCUAGUCAUGCCUGGUGCAUUUGCCCCAGCGCAACAAUAUGUCGUCGCUCAGCCAGCUAGCCACCAAGGGAGGGGACCGCAAUAUGCACAAGUAGAACCAUAUCAAUACGCCAAUGCCGAGCGAAAACUCUCAUACUCUGCUCAGCCACAGGUUGUAGAAGCGAAGCCUCACAGAAGAACGUCGUCUCCGCCGUCAAUGCGCCAUCUUUCAAUCUCAAGCGGCUCACACGGUCACUCUGGUCUCGCAGCACCGGGUUCGCACCGAGGCAGCAUGUCUGGCGGCCUGCCGCCCGGAAGUCCGCUUCUCGAAGCCUAUCGCGGCACAUACCAAUCAAUUUCCCCCAUGCCAUCGCCCCUGAUGCUUGCUUCCAAGGACGAUUCUGAUCUCUCGGACCUGUCGCCUCUGGACGGCGACGACUCUGACUCCGAUGAUUCUUUAGCUCCCCGUCUGAAACCCAAGAAAAAGAAGGUCUCUUUCUACGACCCCGAGCCCGAUGCAAUAGCCCUAGCCUCCGCGCUCAAACACUCCACCAUCGAUGCUAAACCCUUGAUCAAGAUCCUCCCUCACCUUUCAGACGAUCAUGUCCUGAUGCUCCGCACGGAGUACAAGAAGCACAUGAAAGCGCAAGGAAAAGGCGUCAAUAUAGCCAAGCACAUCAAGAUGAAAGUGACUGGAAACCUUGGCAAGGCGGCCUACGCAGUUGCCCUUGGUCGUUGGGAAAGCGAGGCGCAUUGGGCGAACUUUUGGUAUCAAUCGAAUAGUUCGCGCCGAGAACUGUUGAUCGAGAGCUUGAUGGGAAGGACCAACAGCGAGAUUGUCAAGAUCAAAGAAGCUUUCAGUGAUCAACGGUACCACAAUAGUCUGGAGAAGUGUAUGCAGACUGAAUUGAAGAAAGAUAAAUUCCGUACCGCUGUUCUGCUGGUGCUAGAAGAGAAGCGGAUGAGCGAGUCUGAAAAGGUGGAAAUGAGCCACGUGCGGAAAGAUACAGAUACUCUCUACAAGUGCUUGGCGGCGAAGGAAGGUGGGGAGACAGCGAUGAUCAAUAUAAUCGUACUGCGGAGUGACAAGCAUCUCGCGGAGGUGAUGCGUGUCUUCGAGGCAAUGUACAAGAAGAAUUUUGCAAGGGAGAUGAUCAAGCGGAGUCAAAAUCUUGUGGGUGAAACCCUCGCCCACAUACUCAAUGGCGUCUUGAACCGCCCUGUUCGCGACGCGCUUCUGCUUCACCAAGCCCUGGCUGAGACCUCCAAAGACCGAGCAGAUCUGCUGGUCAGUCGUCUUGUACGCUACCAUUGGGAACCAAAACAUCUUGCACGGGUCAAGGUUGCUUACAAGCAGAAAUAUGGCUCUAGAUUGGAGAAGGAUGUUUCCAAUGAGACCAAAGGAGAUUUCUCGGAAUUCUUACAGGAGCUUUGUCGAGCCGAGGAAUGA